UCGUCGCACAAGUGUCUUUUUUGGACGCGGUUCACUGUCGCAACCGUGCGCCUUUAACGUUUACGAUUGCUAUUGCAAUUGUAGUUGUAGUUCUGACACGCCGGAAAACAGCACCGUAGAGCUGUGUUGUGUCAAGUACGGGAAUUCAAAUAACAACAUACCUGGGUAUGCCAAAAAUCUUUCCGAAACAUUAUCGAUCCGGCGUUUAGGUGAAGUGAAUACGAACGUGUGCCUGUGUAAAGUUGUGUAGCGGCGUCGCGUCAUUCCGCGCCAUUCGGUGAUUUGUUUUGACAUGUGUGUGUACUGCCAUAUUGGAUUAUCGCAUCGUGUCUUAAGGGUUGUACGGGCGCGAGUGUCGCGUUGAAAAGAACGACGUUAUUCGAAGCGACGAUGGAUCCUACGAUCAAAGCUGCGUGGAUCAGUUAAGGCCAGGGGCGGUCGAUGCCUGAUGGCGUGGUUUGGAACGCAACGCUGGAGAAAUCCUGCUCCAGAAGGUGACGAUGUGCAACGAUCGAUCGAGCUGCUGGACAAAGUGCUCUCAGAGUACGACGAGCACGAAACAGAGGGUGAGGGCGGCGGAGGCGGCGGAGGCGAAGUCGACGGUGGCGUCGGCGUCGGCGUCGGCGUCGGCGGUGGCGGCGGUGGCGGCGGCGGCGGCGGUGGCGGAGGAGGCAGGGGCGGCGGAGACGUCGGGGAUUGUGGAAGCAGCACGGAACCGAGUAUUGGUCUCACGCCCGACGACGAGAGUCCGUCCUUAGGACACCAAUCCGAGGACGACGGUUACAUGAGCAUGAAUGGUCGAAAAGCAAAGAUGGCCCUGGUAGCGCUGCGUCCAGUUCCAGACUGUCCAGAGCCGCAGGAUCCCGCGGGAAUGGCCACGCAAGAGUUUCCACCGCCGCCGGAAGAAGCGGAGCGGAUCAUUUCCACUCUGUUGCCGAUGGUAUCGCCAGGAAACUCUUCGAAAAGGAGCAGCCAUUCCUCGGAUCGUCGAAGCGGACGGCAACAAUGGAUGAUGGCCAUGGAGGACAGCAUACGACACGGAAACGGUAGCGCGGUUACCACUCAAACGACGCUCCCGAAAACUCGACACCAGAGACCGUACGGUUGGGAGAACGGCAACAACCCCGAUCCCCUGAAGAUGACGCAGCCCCCGAGUCCACCGAGCAAGUUCGCCAGCCUGCCGUACGACGGGAAGGUGUCGUUCGGUUGGAUCCCGCCGAGGACCAACCCGACGGCGAUCGAGAGGCAUCGCGAGGUCCGGCGUCGUUCCUCGGACGAGGAGGGCGUCGAGGGCCCGGAACGGGAGAGCAAGACCCACCGGCAGAGCUUCGAGAACGAUCGUACGUCACAUCUGCGGAAGCAACGUCAGAGCGAGAUGAUGAAGUCCAGCAGCGUGGAGGACAGACUCCUGAUGAAUCACGACCGAUCCGAGCAGAACGCCAGGAGGAGGAACGACUCGGACUCCAGCGAGGGCAGAUUCUCCCGUAACUCGGAAUCGGAGAGAUCCUCCAUUCCGCGAUCGAGCUCCGUAAGCGUCGAGAGGUUCUCGAUGAGAGCCACAUGCGACUCGUCGGACUUCUCGCGUGCAAACUCGACGUCGAACUCGAACGAGAGGUUUCACUCGGACUUCUCGAUAGCCGUGGCCAGCGCCAGCUCGAACGACCGCGUGUCCGUGCCGACCUCCGACCCGUUCUCGAUCCGAAAUCUCGAUUUCGUUUCGUUCUCGUUGCCCACGCGUGCCGACUCCAGCGAGAGAUUCUCCGCCCCGACCUCGGACAGAUGCUCCGAGGAACAUUACUCGGACAUGUUCUCCACGCGAAACUCGGACUUCUCCACGCGCAACUCCACCGACUUCAGGACGCAAUCCGAGGAGGAACGGUUCUCCGACGACUCGCUGGAGGAGCUUCUGCCUCCGCCGCCGCCGAUCAGCAAGAGGCACUCGAUCGCCUGGGAGGUGUCUCUGGAAGACGAUCCCCUGUACGCCCCGGGAAGCACCAAAGUGAUCGGCAGGAGGCGACGCAAGAGCAGCGACGUCUCCAGCGUCGGAUCCGCGUCGAAGCUCCGUGACUUUGACGACUGGCAGGAUCAACGGCUCUCUACCACCGACGACGACCUGGUGUCCCCGUACUCGGACUCCUCGACGAACGACCUCGAUCAAAUACGGCCGCAGGACUUGACGAAGAACGGCACCUACGUGAUACGACGCGGCCGGAAGAAGGAGCGGGUAGGAUUGCCGAAAGCGCCCACGAAAACCAGAAGUUUGUCGUUCGAGAACGGCGAGGAGAAUCGAUUGUCGGACGUGAAACGAUACUCGAGCACGUUCGACAACAUCCGAAGCUUGCUCAGGGAAGGGAAACUGGAGCCGAUGAACGAGCCACCGGCGGAAUUCGCGGCCCCCGUUCCGCCCGACCUGGUGAGGGUCGUGUCGCUUCCGGCCAUCAACGACGAGGCCGGAAAUCGCGGACAGUUGGAGGUGACGGUGGAGGAGGAGGAGACGUCGGACGUAUCGGACAAGGAUAAGACGCGGGAGGACGUUCAGCUGGUUCGAGUGUCGCCCGUAGUCCCGGCCACGGUCUCCGUGUCGUUCUCGGUGCCAUUAUCGCCGUCCACCGUGGAGCAACGUCGGGCGAACGUCGACCAGGACAGAGCCAACGAAUGCAACGGAGUUUCUCUUUCGUUUUCGAAAUCCGGCUCGAACAGUUCCGGCCACGUCGUGGGCGGCGUCGGCGGGAAGAUCGUCGAGGAACCGAGCGGCGUACCGAGGAAGUCGCCGAGCACGAAUACGAAUGCGAAUUCGAAUCCGAGCGUUGGGAACGAUCGAUUGGUGUCGAAGAUCCCGGUGAAUUUGUUGAUCGAGGACCAGAUCGUGAAGAAGGCUCUGAAGGAGAACCGUCGACAACUCGAGAAAGUCAGCGACGCCAUCAAGGAGAUCGAGAGCGUGAAGAACAGCGAAUCGUACUCGGAGAGCAAACGAUGGAGAAACGGCGACGCGAAACUGAUGGGUAAGAGGAACAGCCUCGAGAACGAACCCCACGAACGAAAGAUACUCGACGGCCUAGCGGAAUCGCGCCCGAGGAAACGCCACGAUUCGGACGUAGACUCCGACGCAUCGAAAACCAGCCCGGAGACGGACUUUGACGGCAGAAGAACAAACGGUACCGACGGCGUUUACUCGUCGGGUAGGAGAUCGCGGCAGAAUGGCGUCGAGAGCCACAAGAACGAUCAGAAACAGAUCGAGAACGUGAUCGACGCUAUUCUAGAGGAUUCGAAGAAUCCGGAAUUUCAGGUAAGCGUGGAGGUUCUCGAGUUCCCUCCGUUACCACCUUCCCCCGUGGAGGAGGCCGACGAGGAGAGCUCAGACGUCGGCCAAAGCGCCGCGAUCACCACGAAACCGAAAGCUCACAACAGCAACCGGACGAUGGAAUACAGACCCAGGGUGCCACCGCAUCGCGGACCAGCCAGUCUUUCCUCGGAUUCCAAGGAUCAUCAAACGUCUCUGAACACCAGAUCCAUGGACGCUGGAUUCUCUCGGGGUAGACGCACGCCCGUCACCAGCAAUUCCAGACGAGAGCAAAUACCCGUGGAACGACGAACCCUUCCCACGGAUCUGCCUGGACCAUCGCGACGACGACCGUUCACCAAGCGACACUCGCCUUCGGCGGAACCAUGCUCCACCGGUGGAAACGGCAGCGGCUGUAGUGGCAGCGUCGCUGGAAACGGAACUAGCAACGGUGCUUGUAGCGGUGGCAGUGGAACCACCGGUAACGUGUCGACUGGUUCCGGAAUGCAGACCUCCUGCUCGCUCCCCGAAACUCCAGUCUUCGCCAGAGGAAGCGACAUCCCCAGGACACCACAGCAUGCGAGCAAUCCGACGCAAACGCGUCGCCAACCUGGUUGGUACGCCCCAACCACGGCUACCACUGGAUAUCGAAGAAAUAAUCCGGGACUGGAGCAGGCGAUAAUCGGUACGGAGUUGCUGAGAUUGGCUGGUGGACCGAAUCGCGGAUGGUACCCCACGAGGAAAGCGAAUCAACCACGUCCAGCGUCGAUCGAACAUUUGGAACGGUUGAACAACGCGUACGACGCACGGUUAGCAGGCACCGGGGACCAGAGAAAACCGUUGACUUUGCCCACGAACAUCACACCGAACAAAUACUUCGGCCAAAGUAAGCACAGCUCCGCCUCCAGCACUCGCGAGGCGCUACGGAGGGUCACUAGCUUGCUCAUCAAGAAAGGAAGCGGAAGCAAGGACAGCAAAAGUGGAAAGGACAACGCGUCGCCGUGCGGUCCCUACGCCGCGGCCGAAUGCGGGGACGCGCCGAAGAAGAAAGGAUUCUUCAAGGGUUUCUGGAAGAGGUCGCGCCAUUACUCGCUGGAAAACCAAUAGCCCAGGUGUGGCAGGGUGAUGCGCCACCAACGACAGAGACACGCGCCGAGGCAACAGCACCCUUGUCGGCAGCAACGCAUCGCUACGAGCGCUCUGGCGGACAGCACUUUCUGCUGCAUCGUCCAGUAAAGCCCCAGGUGUGUCAGGUUCGUGACGGAACCGGGAACAACCAGCAGACGGCAGGGCAAACAACGUUCGCUCGCGUUCCUUCGUCCAAUCUCGUCGACCUUUUUAGUCCGCCAGAUCGGCGACCACGACGGGGACAACGACGACGACGACGACCCCCGAGUCCAAGCAACAAGUACGACAGAGCCCGUGGGGUAAAUCAUAUUUUUGCCUAUUUUACGUUUCACUUCGUUUCUCCUUUUUCUUCGUUCACGUUUCUUUGAUCACCCCCCUCCUCCUGGUUUUCGCUUGAUUUCGCGGCGAGCCGUGUUCACUGCUCGGCGAAUGCUCGGUGAGCACGCGUCGAGACUUUCGGUACGUUUUUCUUUUCCCUCGGCUCGAGGCUCGAUCGGGUCUCGAUUACAACGGAGCUUUUGCAUUCCCGAGAGUCACCGGUCAGGUUCGUAACUAAUCUCAUCGGAACGUGGAAGGUUCGAUCAGUCGAUUGGAACGGGCGGCUACUCGAUUUAGCAAACGCCCGAAACAAGGAAGAAAGAAAAGAGAAAAAAAAAAUGAAUAGAAAAUGCAAUAAUCGGCUUUCUUGACGGCGGUCGCGGCCGGGUCGAUCGAUCGAUCGAUUCCCGACCGACCGGCGCGAUCGCGAGCACCGAGCUCUAAGUGUUUCCUUUCGUAUUAAUUUUUGUAUUUAACGCGUCGACGAAAUACGUUCUAGAGAGUGAGUAAUAAAAUAUAAAAUAUCCUGUAUUCAAAGUAUUGGAAUAUUUCAUAUACACUUGCGUUAGGCGGCGUGUGACGACACCAGCAACGGGGGUGAAAGGGCGUAGGAAACACGUAGAAAAUGCGCGCGCGAGUGCAAUCGCGACGAACAAAAACAAAAAAAAAAAAAAAAAAAAUUACAGUGAUACCGCACGACGCAUUAUUAUCGAUAGAAUUGUAAUUUCCCGGAUACGUUAACGCGUUACUGUAUUCAUAUUAUUUUCAUUACGCCAGCGCUGUUAUUGUUGUUGUUACUAUUAUAAUUAUUAUUAUUGCUAUUAUUAUUACCGAUAGUAAUAUUAUUCUUCGUAUUAUUAUUACUAUUAUUAUCAUCAUCGCGACUAUUAGGUUGUGCAAUGAGUCUCGUUACUGGUGAUGUUUUAUGUAAUUAUUUCUUUUAAAAUUUUACAACGAACGAAGUAAAUAAAAAAUCGGAUAGUCGAAGAUCAGGUAGUGAAACGUCCCGACCAAAUUGCAAUAAUUUUUGUCGCACCGUUCGAGACACGAUCGUGGUGGAAAAGAACAUUUUUUGGGAACACGUUUCUUCGGUAUGGCCGAUUAUGAACGGACUUAUUGCACAACCUAAUGCAUGUUACUAGCACCAGUGCCGCUAUUACGGAGAAUAUUAUUUUUCUUACAACCUCUAUCGCUAUUAUCACUAUCUCUACUGUCGUCAUCAUCAUUAUUAUUAUUUAUUAUUAUUUAUUAUCAUCAUCAUCAGUACCGUUGUUGUUGUUAUUACGAUCAUUAUUAUCAUCAUUAUCGAUACCGUGGUACUACUACCAGAAGCAUUAUAUACGUACGCAGAGACGCAGUUACACGCCAAUACGUGCGCACGAAUAACGAAUUAUCAUUACGAAACGAUAACAACUAUUAUUACGAAUUAACGAAUGAAUUAAUUACUAUUAUUGGUAAUCGGUAUUAUUAUUAAUAAUAUAUAUAGACAACUGAGAUCAUAUAGCUAAUAAUAUAACGAAUGGUGGCGAUAAUAACGGUAAACUACAAAGUUAUAUUUAGAAUAAUUUUUGGAUUCGACGUAGCACGUUCUCCUCGGAUUUUUGACAAAGUCGAUCGUACGGAGAGUCGCUUGAAUGCCAAAGACUGUCUCGCGGCGUGUCGAGCUCGACCUGUACAGAAAUAUAUUUAUCGUUUCUUGCUGUUCGUUAGAUAGAUCGACCGAUCUAUAAUUGCGAUAUUCUACGGUCCAUCGGACCAGCACGUACUCGUGCACGUUUAGCGACGAGUCGGACAAACGUUUCUCGUUUCCCCCCUCCCCCCCUUUUUCACAAUUUUUCUACCGCGAAUCGAUCGACAACGCGCACGAGCGACUUCGGUCCCGUUCGUUCGAUUCUUUCCAUUCACUUUCUCCGUUCGCGUCCGACGGGGAACAGUAUUCCCCGCUUAAGUGCAACGAUAUUGGUCCCGGUCACACGCACGAAGUAGGAGGAUCUUUUGUGUUUUGGACCAAGAAUAAAUAACAGAGAAUACGAGAUAACAAAAUAAAUCAGUCAUCGAUGAAAAUUAAAAUUUACAUAUUUUUUUACUACCUCUUGAUAUCUUCCGGGCUAAACUGUGUCUAAAAGCGACUACUACGUAUAAUAUAUAGUCGAUAGAUACAAAAAUAAAUGAGUUGCGUUAAAUAUAAAAUGAAAACCGCACGGAACGUAUGGACCAACCUGAUACACAAACGAGGGGAGAAUUUGUUGCAUAGAAGCUGGGAAUACAGGUGUAGUUUACGCGUUUAGAAGUCGACGGGAAACUCUCGACGGUAGACGGAUGAAAAUAAGAACGAGGAACGUCGGUCGAUCGCGAAGACAGUUUCGUGUAAACGCGAUCGUUGCUUUAUUCCAUUGCGAUUUUCUUAUGGUGUAGCGCGCGUUAUGGUCUUGCUACAGCGUGUGUACAGUGAGUCCUGUAAAUAACGAUUGCGUGGUGAUACGUAAAAGAAACGCGAAAAGGAUAGACGAGUUGUUCCGCGAUCAUCGUUCGUUUCGAAGAUGGCAUCGGGACGGCGAGAAUGGGCAUUCGAGAGAGAGUAAUGGCGGCCAACGCGCCGCGCAACGAGAGCUACGGAGCCACGAGAAUUUGGUCCGCUUUGUCGUACAUCCGUUGGUACGCGACACCUACCUGAUAAGACUCUUAGUUAAAGGUAGUUUAAUAAACAUUAAUGCUACUAAAAUUUAAUGCCAAUUAAACGAACGUUCGUAAAGCAACAUUCGCCGAAGGUGGUAUCUCAUUUUUACGCGCAACACCUAAACACGCACCCAAUCGCGAACAGUCUUCCCGAAUUUCUUUCUUUCUCGUGGUCGAGUUCGUCGGGAAACAGACACCGCGGAUCGUCGUGCAGUAAUGAUUCCGGGGGGGAUAUAACCCCCCCCUUGUAGCCCAACGAAGCGUGAAAGACGACAUUUAAAAAACGAUACGAGCUGUGGAGUGCCGGUGACGAUUCGUACGGAAAGACAAUGACUUCUUUUUUUUUUCUCUCGUUCGUUCCUCGCUGGUCCUUUUCUUCGGUUGUCGGCCAGGAGCGUCGACGAUACACCGCUGCGUGCAAAUGUCCGUCGGUGUCGAAUUUCACCUACAGCUGUACGAAAGACGAUGCCUCGUCUCGAGAAUCAUUACUGUGCUUCUUCCCGGCGUCUCUCGUUUUUUUUGGGGAAGCGAAACGACGAGCCGUGGGUUUCGUUCGACGUCGGAUAGUGCGAUCCGUCGCCCGACAGGUGGCGCUCGAGGAACGGACAGGGGAAUGGGGAAGUUGGUCGGAACGUUUCGAAAGGACGACGACGCAAGCAGGACAUUAACGAUGCGAUUAAUACGUAACGAGUUCGGAGAUCGUAGAUAAGUAGAAGCUAAGCACCAAACCGUACGCCUUACACAGAAGAAUUCACGGUUUGAGGAUGGCCGAAGAGGAGCUUUUCUUCGAGAAGAUUGAAACGGAACGGGGAUUCAUAUACGUAUAAACACGUGUCUUCUAAAAAGUAAUACGGUGAAGGUGACUCCAAAUGACGAGUGCACGAUCGAGAGUGCGACAACGGAGCGGGAUGAAGUGAAUGAUCGAGUGAAAGAGAGAAAGAGAGAGAGAAAGAGAGAGAGAGAGAUAUGCCUUUUCAGAGAAGAGAACGUUUCAACCGUCGGGGAAAGAAUGUCGACAAUCAACGGAUGAAGUUACGCUCGAUUCGUCAACGUCUCGACGUCGAUCGAGAUAGUCGAAACGAAACGCACAGAUUGUUGUUUCAGAUUUGUCGCCAUGUAAUUUAUUUUUUUAAUCCUAGUCGUUCCCUGCGCGUUACAGGCUCGUGGCACAAAACGGUUUGGAGGCAUUUUCACGCGACGCGCUUCAAUUAUCCACCAGCAGUCUGCUUAAAAGAGUACGAUGUAACGUUUUUAUUUUUAUCUUUUUUCUUUUUAAACAAAAAAAAAAAAAUUACAAAAAAGAGAGAAAAGAAGCGGAAGGAUCGAGACGAUUUUAUUGCACGUGUUCUCAAAACCUCACUUAGGGCUAGUUUACAAUAUCUGGCGCCAUUACGACACAUUUCCUCUUCUUUUUUUUUCGAAUAACUUGUUACAAAAAUAUUUUACGUACGACUUACUCGUUCUAUAAAUCUAGUUAUCAUUUACAAUAUUUACCUGCAAGGGUUACAUUGACAAUAACUAAUAUUAUCAACCUUCUUUCUUUCGAUGCUCCAACCUAUUUGGAGCUUCAGCUUCUCUAACUGCUCUCGUUAGAUUAGAUUUUCUAAUGUUAGGAGACUGACUAUUGUUAUUUCAGUUUAAGCUCUUUGUUACCUUUCAUUUAAGUCUGACUGUUGGGAAUACGGUACUUCAGCCAUGCUGUUAGAAUUAUUGUUAUUAUUAUGGUCAUCACUAUAUGAACUAUAUAUGAGCAAGGUUCUUGAUUUUUCUUCUCAAUAACACCUUUGUAUAGACACCUGAAGGUUGCUUUUCCAUCUCCUGUUUCUAGUUUAGCUUUGCUUACCCCUCUAAUUAUGUUGUUGAUUUAAACUAAUAAUUUCCACGCACUAGGUGAAUUUAAAUUUUCUUCAGGAGUUGUUCUAUAUUCCAGCAAGGCAAUUUAUUUUUUACAGUUUGUACCAUUCUUUCCAUCGAGUAAUUGCUUCUCAGAUUAUACAAACUAGUAUGAUCGAUGACCCAACCCUUUAGUGGACCCUCCACUAAGAUUAGCUCCAAGGGAAUUUAUUAUUUACUAAUGCUAUUUCAAUGAACCCUAAACAGUAGUCUACUCUCGUUUGCAGUGUUUGUAACCACGGUAUAUCAUGCAACAACAAAGGCUGUUUUCGAUUCAUAUUAGGGUAUUUGUGCAAGUUUCACAUUGUUCUAUUUUAUUUUUAACACUUUGACUGCCACGUCAUAUAUGGGUGACAGAGAACUUUUAACAGUGGAACUAAAACAAUGAAUUCUCAAGUUGAAAUGUUAAAAAAAAUCAAUUUUAGUAGGCUUCGUAAAUUUUAAUGAGGUUAGAAAAGUAAAAUCAGAGUUUUGGUCUCGCAAACAAUUUUAGGAUUUUAGACUGGCAGUCAACGGGUUAAUGUCAAAAUUAGGCCAGUAUAGAGCACUCCUGGAAUCCUUUGCAGGGACUGUUUCAUCUACAACAGGAUGUUAAAUCCCCCCUCUUUUCAUUUUAUGGACAUCGACCGUGAUGUAUCGCCUAUUGGGGCUUGUUCGAAGCUAGCUAGAUGUUAUUUUAUCGCCUAUGCCUUGGAUCACACCAAGGAUCAUCAGUCCAUAAAUUGUCGAGAUCCAAACUCGGGCAAGUUUCUGACUCAGGCCUCGAAGUUGUUCCCCGAUCCACCUUUUGCACAUCCUGUCGAAGGUUUUCCUCCAACGGAGCUCCUUCAAUUGUGUUUUGGGAGUGGUUUUCGUAGACUUCGUCCCGGUGAAUGCUAGGAUAUCAGCUAAAAUGCAAGACUCGAACGUCCACACCAUUUUCUCUUCUUGUUCCUCGGACACUUUGACGAUCGUGAUUUUCUUAUUUUAGACUCUACGUUUCAGUUGACUUUUAACACCGCGUUAUGUUAAGAGCGGAAGAAUCGAGACGAUAGCUUUUAUUGCACGUGCUCUUAACCGAUUUGCUGCUCGCUUAGGGCUAGUUUGCACGCGACGCCUUGAGCCUAGAACCGAUCGCAAGAAGAUGAACGACGCGUGGACGAAAGUGAACCGGAGAAGAGGAGUCAUAGACGGGAGAUUCGAUCGAAACUUCGCAUAGUUUAACGAUUUUACGGGUAGAAUCGAGAGCGUGAGGGUAAAGCUUACCUCUUCAGGGAUACCGGCACACAUGUGUACAUUUAGUUCGUAAGUUAUUUUAAAUAUUGUAACAUGGAAAUAACCAUCUAGUAUUGUGAAUAAAUAUUCGUAAUUAAAUUUCCCCCAAUGAUAUAACACGGACACGUCGUUGCAAUAUUUAUACGGUUCGUUACGGGUGCGAUAUUGGUUUCGGUUUCUUUUUCUCUCACUUCCGGGCGUAACACGAUUCGUCCCUGAAGGGGGCGGAUGGCGAUCGACGAGUCGAUUCGAGCAACGGGAAAGGUUUAGUACAAAAUUGAUAGCUUUACCGCUUGAAAGAAGAAGGAACGGGAGAAAACGAUCAACUUUUGUAAGACUGUAUCGCGUUUCGAUCGAUGAGAGCGGCCAAAAGAGUCAGACGAAUAAAAUCGACAUUACACCGAUCGAUUCGUAAUCCGAAACUACAUCGAAAUUCUGUCGAUAGAGUUAAACGUUUGGAUAUGUGCCAUUUCGUUCGUUGGAACCCUCUUUUUGGUGUUUCGUUUCUCGCGCGAUUCGCGACUUCCGGUCCGGCGUCGGGCAGAUUUCAUUCCCGAACGACGAAUAAAAAUUUUCGAAUCGUUAAAAAUAUUCUGGCAAAUUAUUCGAUCGAUAUAUUUUAAAUAUAGUUUGACUCGUUGUAGUUCGAUACAAGUGGGACGAUAGAGUUCCAAACUCAACCAUCGAGACUUUAAUAUUUUUAUUUCUAUUUUUUAGGGGCGAGAUUCUCCGAUCCUCGAAUUUUCUUCGCGAUUUUUUGUUAGAUCUUUGUAAUCUAAACUCCGCCACUGACCACCAUAAAUAGAACGAAUAAAACGUUUGUAUUCGUUAUUCGCGAAUAAAAUUUGCUCGAUUCUGGUUCUGGUCGAACGCGGGAUGGUCUCAAGAAUCGGUGAAUUUGUUUCGUGCGAACCGAGAACGAUUAGAAUGGCGGACGUAAGAUACGUUGAUCGAUAGAAAAUACCAGAAAUGAACGUUUCGUUCGCGACCUUUUGAGAUAACACUUUUUAGAAUGGAAUCGAUCUGCGAGUAAGCGAGAGCGAUUUUUAUGUAAA